AUGUUCUCGCGCAUCCGCUGCCACUUCUGCACCAGUAAACAACCUCACAGCAAAUCUGUCCGCGAAUUUCAGUGCAGCGAAUGCGAAGCAGUGAACUACCUCGACGGCAAAGGCAACAUCGUAGAUACGCCUUCCGCAGUGGCAUCUCGAGCAACGUCACCACCGCCUACAUCUUCCACACAACCACCACCCGAAACACUCGAUCACCAACAGAACCCAGCCUUCUGCCGAACAUGCCUUCAAAACCAGCACUUGUACAACGAGACGCUUGCGAACUACCUCCCAGAAGAGUCGCAUCCACAAUACAAGGCAUUUGAGGCAGCGAUACCGGAAUACAAAGAGGAGCUGGCGAGGAGAUACCCCCUGGUCUGCAAGAGAUGCGCUCCUCAGGCGCAGAGCAAGAUCAAUCGCGCCGACUACUACGCCUUGACAGACAACUUCGCGAGACUAGCAGGAGCCACGAGAUCAAGGAGAGGGCGGACAGUCACACGUACAAGAGACAACUGGGGCAAGAAGAGCAUGCGCAUUAUCUUCAACCUCAUUGGCCUCAUACUUUGGCUAAGCUUGGCGGUUCAAGUUAUAUACCACGCAUACGGGAUCCUCAAUAUCUUCUUCAGCACUCGCACACCAGAGAGCGAGUUCCUCGACACCUCCGACUUUCUUCGACCCUCAGUGCAAGACUGCGUACAAAAUGCUGCUCGCCUGAAUUCCCUCAGCAAGUGUUACAACUACUUCAGUACUCUGGUCCCGUAUGCUCUCGCGGUCUCAGUAGCAGGCCUCUGGUACAACCCAGGACUGAAGGCGUGGUAUCAUCACACACAUCGCAUGGAGGCUGUAAACGGCCAGAAGAACUUCUUCAUGAUGCAACUACUCAUACUCGCCGUUAGAUCAUGGGCAUGGCUCAUUCUGUCGAACCCGUCAACCACAGCGGAGUUCCACAAAGAACAGCUCUUCGCUAUGCACGCUUUCGCAAUCUUCUUCAUGUUCAUAACUCCUGCUGUUGCCAAUCGCAGCAUUCAGACCGUGAUCUGGAAGAUGAAGGGCAAGAUGAUGCCGAAGCCCGAGAAACAAGACGUCUUCGGCACAUUUGCUGGUCCCGAGCCAGAGAACUACACCCCCAAGGCCUCAGAGCAGGAUCCCUUCAAGUACCUCCGCAAAGACAAUCGGCCGUUCGACAUCAACAGCUUGGCGCCACAGCCACCAAAACGACACACGCCCUCACGGAUAGCUCCUUAUAAGCAACAGCCAUCUCCUGAGGCCUCUGAUGAAGAGGAAGUCGAUGCGAUGGAAACCGACUAUCGACCAGUGAUGCGCUCAUCGCAGCGGCAGCUACUAUCGCAACGACCCGAACGCCAGCCGCGAAAUCGCAACCUGAACGGUGCAUCACUCAGCUUCAAUGGUGGCCUCGGCGAUGAAGUGUACGAUAUGGAUUCUCAACUUCGUGCAGAGCAGGAGCGCAAACAAAUCGAGCAUGAGCAGGUCUCUCGCUCGUUUCCACCGCGAAAGGAAGCAUCACCUUUUUACGGACAGCUCCCCCCAGCACCAAUGAGUAUGGAACGACGAUUACGCAACCCAGCUUUCAGGCCCGCACAACCAGCACAAGUGCCUUUGAGCCAGCAGAAUGACUUCAUGGCACGGAUGGGCGCAGGUAUCAAGCCCGUACAAUAUCCUCAGAAAGGAAGCAACUUCGAGAUGAAGAAGAGUGAAUGGGUCCUCCCCGGGGACAUGAAGGAAAUAGGAAUAGAGGAGAGAUUUGGUCAGAGUUUCACUUUACAGGAUCCUGCCCCAGCUGGAUCUGGGAAGAAGGUCGGGAAAUGGGGCUUUCUUGGGCUUUGA